AUGUCACUCACAGGCUGCCUGUAUACCAAAACAGCAGCAAUACAGAGUAUGAGCCUGGUGAUCAAGAUCACAAUGAUAAUUUCAGUGGCAAUGAGUUGGAAGAUUGCUAAUAGCUCACCAAUGCAGUUUAGAAGUUACCAUCAGCCUGUCCCUGUCACAAAAACUUUGUUGUUUGUAAAUGUACUUUACUUUUCUGAAUGGCAGAAGAAUCAAUGGCCCACCAUUGCGCUAUUGAUCAGCACAUACAAUACCAUCAGCCAUGCAAAACCCUCCAGCAAGAUUGAGCAGACAAAAAGCCAAUCCUGUGCAGUCCCAUCUCAACAGCUCUACACCCCACCUCAGCAGUUCUAUCCCCUGCCUCAACUACUGUACCACCCCCAGCCUCAAUAUCACAACAAUCAAAUGGCACAGACGCAGGCAGGUGCUUAUGCAGGCGCCUAUGCGCUCCUACAAGCUGACAGCACACCAUCCCACUCAGUUCAUGGCCACUUGCACCACCCACCUCAGAUCCCCAUACAUCAACCAGGUGAUCCCUACCCAUGCUACCCCCAGUCUUCACAUCACAAUGUACCAGCAUUGAAUGAUCAGAUGGUGCAGGUGCAGGCAGAUGCUUAUGCAGGCGCCUAUGCUCUCCUCCAAGGUGAAGGUGCACCGCCCUCUUCACAGCCAAACAUGGACAGCAGGCAUACAUCCCAGUGGGGUGCUGCCCAUCUUGUUGCCCUUGCACCACACCACCUGGGGGAAACUGUUCAUGGGGAGAGAACACAAGGUGUAAUUCAGCCAAUGGCACACAGGUAUAGGGAACUUGCAAAAGAAGAUCUUUAUGGCCUUGUAUUUAAAGUCACAACUGAUACAGAUGCUGCCCCAGACACUACUAUGCAUGAUGCUAUGAUCAACAUGGCACUGCAGACUGCCAAAACAGAGCUUUUUGGUCAAUCUAUGGUCAAGGAACUGAAAGGAAUACACGACUACAUGGUCUCAUCAUUGGCUGAUAUGUACCAUGGGUUUAAAGCCCAUGCAAUGAACAUUGUCCAUCUCAGCUACAACCUCUGUCAGCCCUUAUUUUUGCCAGUUGACAAUGUCUCACAUAAGGAGUCUAUCAUUCCCAAACUGCUGAAAGACUUACAGUUUCUACAUUUAUUUGAGAAGACUGCCAACAAUCAAGAGAUUAAAUGUCUGUUGGAGAAUCCGGUCCUCAUCCACAUGAUCAUCAACACAUUAGCAGGAGGACUGUUGAAGGUGUUGGAUGGACAGUUAGACAGGCUCUUCAGAGUCUGUGGGGCCACUCUCUACUGUGUGCUGAAGGCACACAUCACAGGCAAACUCAAGGAUGUUUUGGUGAACUUGCAGACCUUUGAUGAUAUUUACAAGGAGAUCAUGGACUAUAUUAACCAGAUGAUUCAUACAUCAGAUGAUUUGAGCGCUUGGUUUGAUGCAGUACAGCAACAGAUGAUCUACUGA